UCUCUCUCUUUCACUGUUCCAGAGCUCUCUCUCUACUCUCCAGGUCCUCCUCUCUCUCUACUUCACUUGCACUCCAACACCACUCUCCACUAUUCCUCUCCGCUCCAAAACCACUUCUCACUUUCUCUCUCAAGUGAAAUUCACCAAUUCGCGCUAGGGUUUUGAUGCGGUGGAGAUCGCGCUGGACAUCGCUGUAGGCUUUGAUCCGUGAAACCGAUCAAACAGUGAUUGUUUUGAUUGUACUGAGUGAAAGGGAGAAGCAUGGCGCAGAGUAAUUGGGAAGCGGAUAAGAUGCUUGAUGUCUAUAUUCAUGAUUAUUUGUUGAAAAGGAAAUUGACUGCUUCUGCAAAUACAUUUAUGAACGAAGGGAAGGUUGCUACAGAUCCAGUAGCAAUUGAUGCACCGGGUGGAUUCCUCUUUGAAUGGUGGUCUGUAUUCUGGGACAUAUUCAUUGCACGGACAAAUGAGAAGCACUCAGAGGCUGCUGCAGCUUACAUUGAGGCACAACAAAUUAAGACAAGGGAGCAACAACAGUUGCAAAUGCAGCAGAUGCAGAUAUUACAGCAGCGCAAUGCUCAACUACAGCGUAGAGAUCCUAGUGCUUUAAAUGCUAUGAACUCUGAAGGGGUAAUGGGGCAACCUUCAGCUAGUGUGCUGGCGAUGAAAAUGUAUGAAGAACGCAUGAAACACCCUCACUCGAUGGAUUCUGAAGCAUCCCCAGGUCUUACUGAUACCAAUAGGAUUGCCCUUCUCAAAUCAGCUACAAAUGCACAAGGCCAGUUGACACAAAACAAUUCUGGAAACAUGUCUGCUGCUUUGCAGCAAAUGCAAGCACGCAAUCCUUUGACCACUGACAUCAAAAGUGAAGUUAACUUAGGUGCAACUCAGAGAAGUUUGCCUAUGGAUCCUUCAUCAAUUUAUGGACAAGCAAUUAUACAGUCGAAAUCCGGUUUUGGUGGUGCAGGAUUGAAUCAAGGUGUUACAGGUCUUCCUUUGAAGGGUUGGCCUCUUACUGGAAUCGACCAAUUACGUCCAAACUUGGGAGUACAAGUACAGAAGUCAAAUUUUCAGACCCAAAAUCAAUUCCUUUUAGCACCUCAACAACAACAAGUCUUGGCACAAGCCCAGAUUCAGGCACAAAACAGCCUUGGAAAUUCAACAAGCUAUGGAGAUAUGGAUCCUCGUAGGUUUUCUGGAUUACCUAGGAGUGGCAUGAAUGCAAAAGAUGGUCAAUCUCCAAUGCAAUCAAGUUCACCAAAGAUUAAAAUGCCUCAGAUGCAACAGUCUUCCUCCCAACAACACGACCAAUUGCAGCAGCAGCCAUUACAACAGAAUAACAGAAAAAGGAAACAACACUCUUCUUCUGGACCUGCCAACAGCAACAACACAGGGAAUACUGUGGGCCGUUCACCUGGUUCUCCAGCAUCAACUCACACACCAGGUGAUGGAAUUAACACAGCGAGUAGUCUGCAGCGUGUUAACAACAUUCCCAAAAGCAUGAUGAUGUAUGGCGAAGGAGCAGGAGGUCUUCCUUCGUCUUCCCAUUUAUUGGAAGAUAUGGAACGAUUUGGAGAUGUUGGUACCUUAGAAGAUAAUGUGGAAUCGUUUUUGUCACCUGAUGGGGCCGACGGGAGAGAUCUAUAUGGGACACUGAAGCAGAGUCCUAGUGAGCAACGAAAGGAGUCUUCUAAAGGUUUUACCUUUGGUGAAGUUGGUUGCAUAAGGACCAGAAGCAGCAAAGUUACCUGCUGUCACUUUUCUUCAGAUGGGAAGUUGCUGGCUAGCGCUGGACAUGACAAAAAGGUUGUCCUCUGGAACAUGGAUACCCUGCAGACAGAAAGCACUCCAGAAGAACACAAGUUGGUCAUUACAGAUGUUCGCUUUAGACCAAAUUCAACUCAGCUGGCAACAUCUUCAGUUGACAAAACUGUGCGAUUAUGGGAUGCAGCCAAUCCAAACUUUUGUUUGCAAGCAUAUACAGGACAUAACUCACCUGUUAUGUCCCUUGACUUCAACCCUAAGAAGACGGAUUUAUUUUGUUUCUGUGAUAGUGACAAUGAAAUUCGUUACUGGAAUAUUAAUCCAUUCUCCUGUGCUCGUAUUUCGAAGGGAGCUACUGCACAAGUUAGGUUUCAACCAAGAAUUGGACAACUACUGGCAGCAGCAUCAGAUAAAGUUGUUUCCAUCUUUGAUGUUGAAACUGACAGGCAAAUACACUCAUUCCAGGGGCACUCUGAAAUGGUAAACUACAUUUGUUGGGAUGCAAAUGGAGAUUAUGUGGCAUCUGUCAGUCAAAGUUUGGUGAAAAUUUGGUCGUCAGCUUCAGGACAGUGUAUUCAGGAGCUUGGCUCUAAUGGGAACCAGUUCCACUCGUGCGUUUUUCAUCCAAGUUAUUCAACUCUCUUGGUCAUUGGAGGAAUCUCGUCCUUGGAGCUGUGGAACAUGGCAGAGAAUAAGAGCAUGACUAUUCCAGCACAUGAGAAUAUAAUCUCAGCUCUGGCUCAAUCACCUGACACCGGAAUGGUUGCAUCUGCAAGUCAUGAUAGCUCCGUCAAGUUAUGGAAGUAAACUCAACUUUUUGUGGUUCUUGGAGAGGCUAUGGUGCAGCAAAAUCUGGCGGCCCGAGAUUUAGAAUACAUAAGCAGUAAUAUAUUAUAGCAAGUAGAGUCAUAAGCAGUUCUUUCAGGUAAAUAUCAUAUAUAGUAAUUUCCUAUCCCUAGUCAAACAGUUUUAAUUAAUAACUAGAAUACUGUCUGGUACCUUUGUCUAAUAUAAUUUGUCAAGUUAAUUCCUCAUUGUCAGAAUAACAUCGGUAUUUACCAUUGUACUAUAUCAAACCCGUUGAGACAUCAAUUACUAGUUUUACAUAGUAAAAUCCAU